AUGUCAUCAUCCCAUUCUUCUGUUUAUUCGCCAACUUCAGCAUCGUCAUCAUCAGCUGCCUAUUAUUAUAAUUCAACACCGCCAACAACCCCAACAAAAUCCUCAUCAUUGGGAACACUAAGUCGUUCUGCAAGUGCUGGUCGUCUUCCUGGAUUGAGAAGUUUCAGGACACAAGUACAACCACCCUCAAAAUCACAUCAAGAAUAUUGCAUGGAAAUGGCCAAGUUGAGGAAUGUGAGAAAGAAAUCGACCAUGCAACUCGUUGAACAAAUGAAUUGUGUUGUUAAGGUUGUUCAGAAUUUAUCCAAUGAGAGGGAUGUAUUUAGUGCUCCACCAACUGGAAGAAGAAAGGAGAGGGAAAGACUCUUCUCUGCUCGUUCUGUCAAGUCUAUGAAAACCUACUUUAAGCCUUAA